AUGGAAAAUCUUCUUUGGGAAAUUCGUCAUAAGGUUGACCACGCCCUGCGCACCAGCGCCGGCUUUCAUCUCAACGAACAACCGGACAGCGCUGAGCGGCUCCUUGGCGCCGAAAGUGUGUUGGACGAGGCUGCCGUCGGCCAAUCGGAUCUGGAGGCGGGCUUCGGAGGGCGACGACUUGGGGGAGGCGGCUGUAGCCGACGGGGGGCUAUGAGGGUCGUACUAUGA